UUCCGCUUCCGUUUAUGUUAAAAUAUUGUAAAAUGUAAUCAAAACAUGGUUUUUUUUAUUAAAAUAUGUGCGAUAAGCAAUGCCAUCUUUAUCAUGAUUGUGUAGAUUAUUAAGGCACUAGUGGUCUUUAGUGUUUGUACACAUUUCCACUGAAAUGGAUGUCCGACCAAAAAUCCUGUCGGGCCGCGACCGACCUGCCUUUAAACUGCCACAACACACACAGAAAGCAUUUGAGUGUCUGAACCAGAUGAGAAAGGAUCAUCUGCUCUGUGAUGUGGUACUAGUGGCGGACAACAUAGAAAUUCCGGCCCACAAGGCCAUUCUGUCUGCGUGCAGUCAGUAUUUCUACGCCAUGUUCACAGGAGAAAUGACAGAAUCGAAGAUGGACCGCAUCACUCUGCAAGAAAUAGAUCCUAAAGCUUUGUCUCUGUUAAUAGAUUUUGUGUACACUUCAGAGAUUCAUGUUACUGAAGACAAUGUUCAGACUUUACUACCUGCUGCUAACAUCCUACAGUUGACAGAAGUCCGUGAUGCGUGUUGUGAGUUUCUUCAAGCACAGCUACACCCGUCCAAUUCUCUCGGUAUCCAGGACUUCGCCGAUAUCCACGCCUGUACAGAACUCAUGCACUAUGCUCAGAUGUAUACAGAGCAACACUUUACGGAAACUGUCCACUACGAUGAGUAUCUUUCUCUGUCCGAGACCCAAGUGGCCAAACUGAUCUCUAGUGACCGACUGACCGUUACCUCUGAGGAACAGGUGUUUGAAGCUGUGAUGUCGUGGGUUCAGCACAACCUGAUGUCGCGGCAGGACCUGAUCGAGACGCUGAUGGAGCACGUGCGCCUGCCGCUCAUGUCCCAGGAGUACCUGGUGCAGCGCGUGGAGGAGGAGCCACUGUUCAAGACGAACAGUCGGUGUAAGGACUUCCUCAUCGAGGCCAUGAAGUACCACCUGCUCAAACACGAACAGAAGAUCACCUUCAAGACACCCAGAACUCAACCACGCAACCCCAUCGGCUUACCCAAGGUGCUGCUAGUAAUCGGAGGCCAAGCCCCUAAGGCCAUCCGCAGUGUGGAGUGUUACGACUUCCAGGAAGAACGCUGGUUUCAGCUGGCAGAAAUGCCAACACGCCGAUGUCGAUGUGGUGUGGCAGUACACAGCAGUCUGGUGUACGCCGUGGGUGGGUUUAACGGCUCUCUGCGGGUGCGGACGGUCGAGGUGUACGACCCACAGAAGGACGCGUGGACUACCUGCCCCAGCAUGGAGGCGAGACGCAGCACGCUCGGCGUCGCCGUACUCAACGGAUGCAUUUACGCAGUUGGCGGAUUUGACGGAUCAACAGGUUUAGACAGUGCCGAGUAUUUUGACAUUCGGAUGGGAGAGUGGCGGAUGAUGUCCCCCAUGAGCACUCGACGCAGCAGUGUUGGCGUGGGAAUUGUGGGAGGUUAUUUAUUUGCUGUUGGUGGGUAUGAUGGAGCUUCAAGACAGUGUCUAAGUUCUGUGGAAUGUUACAACACGUUACGAGACAUGUGGACUCCUGUAGCUGACAUGUCCUGUAGGCGGAGCGGUGCGGGUGUUGGUGUGGUGGACGAUAUGCUGUAUGCGGUUGGAGGCCACGACGGACCGCUAGUGAGGAAGAGUGUCGAGGUGUACCACGCUGAAAUGAACACGUGGAGACAAGUCGCAGAAAUGCACUUGUGUCGGAGAAAUGCAGGUAUUGUGUCACAUGGUGGUAAGUUGUAUGUGGUUGGCGGUGACGAUGGUUCGUCUAAUCUGGGUUCUGUUGAAGUCUACGACCCCAAAACAAACACAUGGACCUUACUCUCAUCCAGUAUGAUGACUGGGCGGAGCUAUGCCGGGGUGGCUGUGAUUGACAAGCCAAUUUUAUAGCACCAGUUUUAUUGUGCUAUAAAAACUGUGAUUUAAAAUACAUGUCUCUAGCCAAAUCCAAUUGGCUGGUGGUGAACGAAGGGAGGAAACAAUUUUAAAUGGCUGUGAUUGACAGGUGUGUUAACUAAAAUGUGAUUGGUCAGUACUAUAGAACAAGGAGUGACUUGCUUUGAUUGACAUCCAUAGUAAAAGCUGUUAUGUUCACAGCUUGGUGCUAGCCAUCAGAAUUGUAAAAAACCCCAAAUAAUUUAAUAUCUAGAGUUGAGCAGAUUACUAGGUGGGCUUUGUUAUUUCUACAAGAGAUAGUUAGAACAUUCUUUUCCUGAUGUAGUAAAAAUUCUUACGAUGUGCUUUAAUAACCACAUGUGUUGCCAGUUAUGGUUAAAAAUGAUUUAUGCUGGUAGUUCAGUUACAGAAGGUGAGUCGACAACAGUGCAUUCCCCAGUUCAUAUUUCCUACCGUUUUGGAUAUGGCACUGACCGGAAAUAAUAAUAGAACAAUGGGGAGUAGAUUAAUCAAGACAAUGGUGGUUUAGUUUUUCAUUUGAUUAUUUUACCAACAACGAAAUUCACAAAAUAUUGGGAUAUGAAUCUAAGUUCAUUCCCAAAAUAAAUUGUUGUCAGCAUAGUAACUUUGUAAAAUUUUUGCACAAUUUUUAACCAAAUUAAUUGAUCUAAAAUGUCAUAAAAAUGAGAAAAACCAACGAAAAUAGUACUUAACUUUUCACAUAUGAACAUUAUUUUAUGUAUUUAUUAAAAAAGUUAUGUAAAAAUAUGUGAGUAAAAGUUAUAGACUUGUAGCCAUUCAACGUGGUUUUUAAACAAAUUAAUCCAAUAGUUAGAAGGUUAAUCAGUCUCAACAGCUGUUGGAUGUCAUCAUGACAUUGGUUAUGAGGAAACAUACUUUGAUGAAGUCUGCGAGUCUGGAAGUGUACAGUUUUAUACACACAGACCCCAGAACAUGACAUGGCUGUCGACGUUUAACUAUCAUUACUUUAAAACGACUGAGGACCAGCUUGACAGUUUGUGUCGUUACAUUUAUGAACAGUUUGUGGACUGUCAAGAUCAGAAAUGUGAAGACUGCUUAGCACUAGAUGUAGUCCAGUCAUAAAGCACCUGCUUGAUGUGUGGUCUGUCCAGAAUCGAUCCCCAUUAGUGGGCCCAUGUGGCUGUUUUUCAUUCCAGUCAGUGCUGUACAACUGGUGUAGCAAAGGCUGUGGUAUGUACU